CACACCAUCAACUCUAUGAUGAAACUGUCCUCAAUGGCAAAGCAAUUUAGUCAAUCAAAUGGAGAUCAAGAAAUCAAACUUCAGAUCUCCUUCCUCUCCCCCUUCUGCUUUCCACUCCAUUAGCAGCAUAGGAAUGUGACAACCUGACCUUAAGGUCUUCUGUUUCCCUCUCAGUUUCCUCUGAAAGCUCUGAAAGCAAACAAUCUAUCUUCUAGAGAAGGAAGAGGUAGAGGAGGACUGAUCACCAUGGCAAUCAGAUUCUCUUACACUAACAUCAUCAUUCCAAGAGGUUAUCAUCCUGAGAAGACCAGCAGCAGAGCUUCCUUGUGUCAUAACAGCAAGAUAUCACCCAAAGUAUCAGUUUCAUCAAACACAUCUGGUACAGAUACCAAGGUUUUUGAAGAUCAAGCCCUGGGGGUAAUAUGUUUCAGAGAUGAAAAGGGAGAAAUAGUCUGUGAAGGAUUUGAUGAAGGACCACGAUUCGAUCAACGAUCUUUGGCACGAAAAAAAUUCGAAAGGAAUAGAGUCCCUAAUUUCCUGAGAAUGAUGAUGAUUCAGGCUAAUGAAGAUGCCUUUUACUAGUCUACUAUUGAUCAUAGCUAGAGCUUGGUAUGUUGAUAAAUUUGACUGUCUUGCAAGCAUCAAAAGGCAUGCUUAGAAUAAGUGAAUCAGGUCUGAGUUACUCUUUAGAUAAGUCCAGAUAUUGUUACUGAUGGAUGUAAGGCAUUGAACUUAUCAUAUGUAAAUUUGGUUUCUGAAAAUGAAGUUUUAAUGUUAUAGUAUA